AUGUACAAAGUGUUACGUUCAUAUUCGAAGAAGACGGAACGUAAGCAUGAAUUAACACGUUCAAGUGGUGAAAAAGUUAAUGGUUAUUCGGCAACUGAUGGCUCAUCUCCAAUCUAUAGUAUAUCACCAUCAUAUGGUGGUACAAUUGUGGAAGAUGUACGUAACGGUCAAAUUGUUCCAAUAGAUAGAAAUGGACGAAUUGAAGCAGCAUGGCCUAGUGGACAGGCAUUCUCGGAGAGUUCUUCCUAUGAAGCACGAGAACAUUUUGAGCGUAAAGUUCAGCGUGUUAAGAAAACACGCGGUGAACGAGAUAGUAAUCGGAAAUCGAAAAAGAGCAGAGUAUCAGAAGUACUGUCCAGUACAGAUGGUGUAUCAGCACGAGAUGCUCUAUUACAAUGGGCGCAAGAUGUUACACGCGGAUAUCCGGGUGUUAAUGUUCGCAAUUUUACCAGCAGUUGGAGAGAUGGUUUAGCCUUCAAUGCUAUCUUGCAUCGUUAUCGACCAAAUCUUAUACAGUGGAGUAAAAUAAUUGAUGCGAAUGUAUCAGCUCGAGAUCGUCUCAAUAGUGCAUUUGCAGCAGCUGAAAGUGAAUUUGGUGUUUCCAGACUAUUAGAUGCAGAAGAUGUUGACGUGGAUGUACCGGACGAGAAGAGUAUCAUCACUUACGUCUCUUCACUUUACAACGCUUUGCCACAUACCAAUGAAUUGAGCAAAUACGAAGAUGUGAUGUAUGAGUAUGAACGUGAAGCAAUGGAAUGGUUACAUUGGGUAGAGCGAGCAACACGUCUAAUGGACGAUCGUCAGCUGCCGACAAAUUUGGGAGAGUUACGACGACUGGAACAUGACUUGGAGCGAUUUAAAUCUGAAGAUUUACCACCGAAAGCAAGCGAAAAACAACGUUUAGCGGAUCAUUACGCUGAACUUUAUCAACUUUUCGAACGCACCGAACAUUUGCAUAUUCCUACAGAGUUAAGCACGCAAAAUCUGGAUCGAUCCUGGCAACGAUUACUUCGUUCACUCAACGAACGAUUCAAUCUGAUCGAGGAACAAGCCGAAGUUCAGGGUUCAACAACUGAUAUUAUUAGUCGUUUGGCACGUGGUAUUGGCAUAACGAAUGAGAAGUUGGAUCAUAUUUUGAACAGAAUUGAAGAUGCUGAAUCACGAAUUGAUACAUUACGACCAGCAGACUUGCAACGUCUCAUUGAUGGAAUUAUUGAUGAUCUUGUAGCAUUGGAAGCACCGAUUACUGGAUUUUUUGAGGAUGUAGAUCAACUUAAGCGUUUACGUCAUCCGGAAUCGAACGAUUACUAUCAACAGGUGUAUGGAUUAGAACAACGUCGUCAGGCUUACCUGUCAAGAUUACGAACACAAUUUGUGACACGUCUUGGUAUUCGAACAGAACAACUAUUGCGAGAGAAUGAGCAACGACGUGAAUCAGUACGUCGCAUAACAUUUGGACGCGUAGAAGAUUGCAUACAGUGGAUUCGUUCACGCUUGAGAAAGUUAUCAGAAAUGGAAUUUGUUGAGGAUUUGGAGCAGCUGGAAAGUAUGUUUGAAGAACACAAAGUUGACAACCACGAAAUACAAGACUUCCGACAGAGUGUUGACGAGUGCAUUGCUAGACAGGCAGAGAUAUCUGCGGAAGAUACCCACGAAUACUGUGAAUUGCUUAGCAUAUUGGAAAGCGAAUAUCAGCAAUUGCGGGAUUUAUCAGCCGGACGUAUGCUUGAUUUGGAUACUUUGAUUGCAUUUAUUCGUGGAGCACAACACGAAAUUGUAUGGAUUAAUGAGAGGGAAGAUAUUGAAGUUUCUCGGAAUUGGUCCGAUAUCAAACAACUCGAUUUACCAAUGCUACAGAAUUAUUACAAACAACUUCUUCAUGAAAUCGAGCUUCGAGAGUCACGUUUCAAUGACGUGCACAACAAAGGCGCAGCCCUGCUAAAUCAAGGUCAUCCAGCGAUCCAUGUAAUUGAAUUUUAUUUAAAUGCAAUGCAGCGGAAGUGGGAUUGGUUAUUAGCACUGUCGAAAUGUCUUGAACAACAUUUGCGCGAUGCACUCAAUCUUAAUUCGUACAUGGAAGAUGCGAGUGCUGCAGAAGAAUGGAUGAUUAAACAGUCUGAAAUGUUAGGAAGAAAGUACAAUAGAAGUGAAUUUUCACUGGAAGAAGGUGAACAAAUGUUACGCGAAUUGGAUGAAAUCAGUGAAUUAAUCAAAAAAUAUCACAGUGUUCUGAUGACACUCACCGAGCGAAGUUCCCAAAUUUCACCUCUGUGGCAACGUGGUGAACGAAUUCAAAGACCAAUUCCGGUUGUCGCUUUAGCUGAUUACAUUGAUAAAGAUAUUACAAUUAGAGAAGGCGAUGAAUGUAUGUUAACCGAUAAUUCGGAUCUGAUACAUUGGAAUAUUCGUGGACCAGAUGGUACGGAAGUUUCGGUACCAUCCGUAGUUUUCCGUAUUUUACCGCCAGAUGCUCAUAUUAUUACAUACCUUAAUCGAUUACAUACAAGUCUGGAAAAAUUACGCCGACUUUGGGGACAGAAACAUCGAAUGGUUCGAUAUAAUAUGGUAUUAAAUACAAUGGCUCAGAUACGUGGUUGGGAUCUGAAUACUUUUGCUGCAAUGACUCCGGAAGAAAGGGAUGCGAUCAUUAAAGCUUUGAAUGAUGAUGCCCACAAACUGAUUUCCGAGCUGGAACCGAAUGAUCCAUUAGCGAUGCGGCUUAAAGGAGAAUUGAAACUAACCAAUGAACAUUUCUACGAUCUUCUAAAUCAAAUGAAUCGUCCCAAAGAACCCGAAGUUGGAGCUCAAUUUGAUACGAAAAUUGCGGAGUUACUUAAUAAACUUGACGAAGCAUAUCAAAAUCUGAACGGUCGGGUUAUGCAGAACAUUCCAAGAUCACGAGAAGAGCUUGAAAGGCUGACCGUUGGACAUAAGGAUUUCGAAGAUGGAUUGCAAGCAUUAGACGUUGAUGUAUCAACUGUUAAUGAGCUGUUUCGACAAAUUCCCGAACCAACGCCCUCGCAACGAGCUAAUUUCGAUCAUUUAAGUGGUCGUUGGGAGGAUUUAUGGGAACUGUCAAGAAUGUAUGUUGAACGAUUAAAGUCUUUGGAAGCUGUGUUAAAUGGACUUGUCGAGGUAAUCGAUAUUGUACGACAACAUGAAAUUAUGCUCAAUUCAUUUGAUGAUAUGCCAGCCUCGUUGGAUAAAUUGCGAGGCGUUCAUUCGCAGUUGCUUGAAUUGAAUAUGGUAUUGCAACAACAACAGACAAUCGUUGAUGCUCUCAAUCGUAAUAUUGCUCUGCUACGUCAGCAUGUUUCACGAACUCGCCAAUCACCGAAUCAUCCAGAUGUUGAUCGACUAGAAGACGAAGUGCAAACAUCAACCGUUCGAUGGGAAAAUGUUUGUUCGCAGGUGGUCGAUCGCUUAAAAACUACUGAACAUGCUCUGCAAACCCAAAUGGUUUACCGUACCGAAUAUGAAAAUGAAAUCAGAUGGCUUGACAAUGUCGAAGCAACUAUUAAUAGUUUACGCAAACCAGAAGAACUUCGCCCAGAGCAGUAUCAACAGCAGUUAGACCAACUUAUUGCCGAAUAUUCUCAGUUACAAGAACGUACUGAGGCAGUAGAAAAUGUGAACCGUGAAGGUGGAAAAUUCAUUCGUGAAGCGAAGGGUUAUGAUAAUCAUUUGGUGCAGUACAUGGAAAAUAUCAUCAACAUUCAUGGACCGGACAUCCGAAAUAACUUCCGUCGUUCAAUACCGCAACCGAAAAAUGGGGUUCAACAAGUAACGGAAGAAUUAGAACAUCUAAAUAGACGAUUUGCUCAGCUGAGUUCACUAAUACUUGAACGUCGCAACAUAAUGCAAGUACUAAUUCAAAAUUGGAGGCGGAAAAAACAGGAAGAGGACGAACGAAGACGAGCAGAAGAGGAGGAGAAACGUCGCCAGUUUGAAGCAGCUCGGUUGAAAGCACUGGAGGAUGCUGAUCGCCUCCGCAAGCAACGUAAAGCUGCUGAGGAUGCACGUCGAGCAGCUGAAGAAGCUGACCGUUUACGCCGUGAACGUGAAGCGGCAGAGAAUGCACGCCGAAGAGCGGAAGAUGAAGCGAGACGAAGAAUGGAGGAAGAUGCUAGACGUAGAGCUGCAGAAGAUGCAGCCAGACGAAAAGCUGAAGGAGAUGCGGAACAGGAAAGGAAAAGAAAAGAAGAGGAAGAGCGUCGUCGCCGAGAAGAGGAAGAGCGUCGUCGUCGAGAAGAGGAAGAUCGUCGUCGUCGAGAAGAGGAAGCAAAGAGGGAACGUGAAAGGAAGCGAUUGGAUGAUGAACGCCGGCGAGCGGAAGAAGACCGUCGUCGGCAGGAGGAAAAUGAGCGGCGUUUACGUGAAAAAGAACAACCAAAAAUGCCUAACCUGAGUCAUGGCAUGCAACAGGCAAUUGUAUCCGAGGGUGGUGAGCUGGAAGAAUUUGAAGAGAGUCGAGAUGUUCCGGAGAGAGCAACAAUAGCGGAACAUGAGGAUGAAAUGCAAAUGUAUCAGGAAGAAACAAUUACUAAAACACAAUUUUAUGAAAUGGAGGGCAUUUUGCACAAGCAAACGGGCGAAAUUUUGACCUUUGUUGAGGCGAUACGCCAAGGAUUGCUAGAUUUACAUUCCGGUGGAGGGGAAUUCUACGAUAUUGUUUCGGGUGCUAGAAUUAGUUUGGAGAAAGCUGCGGAAUUAGGGUACAUUGAUGGUGGUUUUCAUGAAGUGCUUAACACUCAUUAUGGUGUGCGUCAUCCCGAAACUGGUGAAAGUUUAUCUCUAUUAGAAGCCAUCCAGAUCGGCUUGUAUGAUCCGGAUAUCCGUCAAUUGCGAGAUAUUGAAACAGGUGAUAUCCUGCCAAUGUACGACUGUAUUUCUCGAGGAAUCAUAACACUUGAUACACAACAUCGACUGGUUAAAAUGGGCAUAUUAAAGCUACCACCUUUACCACUAGAAAGCGCUAUUGAACAAGGUGUCAUAAAUAAGGAGACGGGUUACUUCACCGGAAAGUACACGAGAGAGACAAUGCCACUGAAAGAUGCCCUCUACAACGGAUACAUUCAGAUCAGUGGAUGCCGUCCGCAUACGAUGAUUGCAGUCACUCUGUCUGAUUGUCUUGAAAUGGGCUUAAUUGAUGGUUACACUGGUGAAUUUGUGGACAAACAUAGUGGCGAGAAAAUCACCUUACGCGAAGCUGUUUCGAAACAAUAUGCACUUUUAAAUUUGCACGUUCCAGAAAUUGUGAAAACGGAUGAAAAUCGGCGUAUUACAUUAGGUGAAGCAAUUGUACGUAAUGCAGUAAAUACUCGUCAAGGCAAUUUUAAUGAUUUGCUAAAAAGUCAAACUCUUACGCUUCAAGAAGCUUUUUCAAAAGAUUUCAUACAGAAACCGCUGACGCUUACAGAAAUUAGUCAAAAAGACUUGAUCGAUUCAACAAAUAGAUUCAUAGAUGGAGGCACCAAAAAUCGCUAUACACUAUUAGAAGCAGUUGCCGUUGGUUUAUUGGAUCCGGACAUACGUCAUAUCGUCGAUCCUGACGAAAAAGAUGUAGUUUCCAUUGCAGAAGCUUUAGAACGAGGAUUGUUAGAAUCUGAUGGGAGGAUUAUGCUUCAACAGCAGCAAAAAGUUUUUUCUGUAGAUGAAGCAGUUAGCGAUGGAUUAUUAAUCAAACGUGUACGACAUUCUAUUUUUAAUGUGAAAGGUAUCAAGAAUACGAAAACAAAAGAAAAUUUAACGUUUAAUGAGGCUGUAGAUUGUGGAGUAAUUAUACUGCAAGCUGAAAGAAUUGUAGACCUUGCUACCAAUGAAAGUUUCCUUAUAACUGAUUGUGCAGACAAAGAUUUAUUGGAUCCAAUGCUUUUCGAACUCCUGACGACAUCGUUAGGUAUAAGAAAUGGUUCGAGACAAGACAUGUCGGUGAUUCGUGCUGUAGCUAAGGGAUUCAUUGAUCCCCAAAAAGGUGUUUAUGUUGAUAAACGGACGAACAGAGAAUUAUCUCCGAAACAAGCAUAUGAUGAUGGAUUAUUAACUCUUAAAGGAGCCUUACAACUAUCAGGGAUACUUGACAUUCAUCCUUCUCUGGUAACACCAGUCAAGAAAAUUGAUCAUAAGAAGCGAAUUAGACGACCGGGCCAAAGGAAAGAUGCAACAACGGAUGAAGUGAAGGUGACAUUGGCAGAAGCUAUGAGACAAGGUUUAGUUGAUUCGCGUACACAUCGUUUUCGUCAAGGUGAUACUGAGAUGAGCUUUGAAGAAGCGUUAAGUCAAGGAUUAAUCCAUCCAUCUGAUGAAUGGAUAGUUCCGUCUAAAGCAAGUGCCGGUCCUACUGUAGAGGAGAAGAUAACUGAAUCAGUAACUGAAACAGCACAACAACUAGCGCCGAAAUUUUACCCAGAUAAAAAUAUUGAAGAAACUGUAACAACUGUUAAGAAAGUGAGAAAAACAGAAACAACAGCAUUGGGUGGUCCAGGUGGUGUUUCUGUUUAUCGCGCAGUUACGGGUAGUAAAGAUUCAUUUGAAAUACCAGCUGAUGGUUAUCAUAUUUUGGAGGCAGAACGUAAAAAUUAUGUAAACCUUAAGACAGGAACUGUUUCUCUGCCAAAUUUAAGUCGAUCGCUAUCCUUACAAGAGGCAUUUCAAUUGAAUGUCCUUGACAGUAGAAAUGUUACUGUUGUAGAUCCAUCAACUGGCAGUCAUAUUUCUAUUACGGAAGCAAUGAAUAAGAAAACAAUUGAUAAAAACGGUUUUAUGGAACGAAAUGGUCAAAUGGUUAAUUUUGAAACGUUAAUUAAUAACAAGAUAGUGCUAGUGGAAGCUGAGGCACCAGCUGGAAUAGGAAGUUCGAAAAAGAAAAUAAUACAAUUUUCACCAGGUUCUGAGGCAGUCAUAAGUUUUCGUCCAAUUGGAACUCCAACUGUAGAAGAAACAGAGCAAUCGUGGACGUUUGAUUCAAGUAGAGGUGAACUGGUUGAUCAUGUUACAGGUGAACGACUUACUCUUGAUGCAGCCCUUGCUUUUGGUAAAAUCAGCCGUGAGGAUUUACGUGUCUUCGAUACUUUAACUGGACGUGAAAUGUCAUUUGAAGAGGCUGAAAAAUGGGGUGUUAUUGACGAGAAAGAUCGUUAUUAUUUGGAUAAACGAGAAAAUAAACGAUAUUCUUUGGCUCAAGCGGCUUUACAGCAUCGUGUUUUUCCAACAGGUGGUGUGCCUGAAAAUGCUUCUGAUGCGAUCCAUACCACUUAUAAAAUACAAAAGCGAAGUGAAUUAUCGAAAAAAGAAGCAUUGUUCGAUGGACCUACAGAAUAUACGGAGCAAACGUUGAUCAGUGCGUUGGAUUCAGGCUGGUACAAUGCACAAAGCGGUAUGUUUACCGAUCCGCAAACACAGAAGCAAAUGUCUCUGAAAGAGUCAAUAAUUAAAGGGUUAUUCAAUCCAUAUGACACAACUAUAUUGGAUAAACGUCGAAUGCGUGAAUUGUCACUUCUAGAAGCGAUAGAUGAAAAUAUUAUUAAUGAUAGAGAAGGAACGGUAUUGAAUACAGAAACAGGGAAAUUUACUGAUCUAAAAACAGCUCAUUCGCAAGGUCUUUUAAGAAGCAAAGGUUUACCACGCACUUUAGAAGGAGCUUUGAUAUCUGGAAAGCUUGAUUUAUCUACAGGCCGACUGUCAACUGCGGAUGGAGAUAAUAUUAAAAUUGAGGAUGCGAUUACAACUAAACUUAUCGAUAAUCAAAGUAUCGUUUUCCGUGAUCCAACAACAGGUGAAGAAUUGCCUUAUAAGAAAGCGGUUGAGAAUAAAAUUAUUGAUCCUGUUAAAGGCAUAAUUUACACGAAGAAUAUGACUGAAAUAAUGACCUUUCCGCAGGCUCUUACUAGUGGUGUUUUGAUUAGUUCUGGUUCGAGAACAUUUACUCCACAGAAACCUCAAUCAACACGCCUGGUAGAGCGGAAGUUGCAGCUUACUCCUUAUGCGCCAGAACCUGCAGAAAAAUCUACAGUUGCUAUCAUGGAACAACGUAGUUUAGGUGCAGGACGUCAAGAGAUGGUUGAUUUAGGUGGUGGAAAACAGGUAAUGGUGAAAGUUAUACGUGGAGAAGGAGGCAUUGAGAAAGGUGAAUAUGUUGAUCCAUCAUCUGGGAUGAAAUUUACAAUUCAAUUACAUGGUGAUCCGUAUAUGACUGAAGCUAAGACUGUUGUAAAAAGUACCGCACAGAUGCAAUCUAUUCAGUUGGAACCACAUGCUGAAUUUGUUGGUAUUGAUAAGAUAAGGGAUAAAAGAAAUGGUCGUGUCAUGUCAUUGCAAGAUGCUCAGCGAAUUGGUAUUGCACGCAUUGAUAAAAAAGGAAAGCAGAUGACGAAGACAUAUUCAGUUUUUAGAUCGAAUAUUCAAAAUGCUGUCACAAAAGGUGUAGUUGAUGCUCGUGGUGAAAAAUUAAGCUUGGAGGAUGCUGUUCGAGCGAAGUUAGUUGAUUUACAAAACUUAACUUAUCUCAAUCCAAAGACAGGUGAUGCUCUAACAUUAGCACAAGCGGCAAAUAUGGGUCUUGUUGAUGUUACCUUAUCGGAAACAUUACCGAAAGGUGUAUCGCAUCCAGCGAAUGGGGAAAGGAUAUCAGUUCAAAAAGCGAUAGAACUUGGUAUUAUAAAUCCGAAAACGGGUGAGGUAAAGAAUCCGUUCACUAACGAGAAAUUAGCUUGGUUAGAUAUUAUGAAACCGGUAUAUACAAGUCUUACGAUGGAAGGAGUUUAUGAUCCAACAAAAGGAUAUGGAGUACCUGUUCUAACCGCUCUUACUGAAGGUCUUAUUGAUGCUAAUACAGGACAAUAUUCAAAUAUUAUUACAGCAGAGAUAAUAACAUUGAAGGAUGCUUCUAAUAAAGGUUUGAUUGAUGCUGAGACUUAUAAAGCUAUUACAGAACCAUUUCUGUUGGAUUAUCGCACAAAAAGAAAACUUAAUUUGAUCGAGGCUGUUCAGAAAAAACUGGUGGAUCCAAGAAAUAAAACUAUUCAAUUUGAUGAACAAAUUAUUAUGCCUGUUGCACGUGCUACCGCAGAAGGUAAAAUACCGUUAUUCAUUGGAGAGAAAUUGAAACGUAUUGAUAAAAUGACAUUCGCUGAAGCAUUAAGCAAAGGGAUGAUUGAUGUUGUACAAAAUCGAUUUACUGAUUCUGAUUCGGGAAGGCAGAUGUCGAUUAAUCAGGCAAUUGAGGAAGGAUAUAUUGAUACCGGUAAUGUUGAAGCUCCGGAAGACUCAAAUGAGCGGAAUCUGGCAAAUAUAUUGUCCACAGAAGAAUUCGACGAGAUUUCCGGACGAGUACGGGAUAAAAAAUCAGGCCUUUAUUUGACUUUCAAAUCCGCUGUUGAUCGUGAUAUUAUUGAUGGUGAUUCCUUGUUGCACGAUCUGGAAUCGAGCCAUACAAUGACAGUAAAAGAAGCAUUGAAUCAGGGACUUAUUGAUUCAGAUGGCAAAUAUAUCCACAGACGUACGGGAAUCAAAACUACACUUAAAGAUGCAGUAGCAAAAGGUUUGAUCGCCUUGAUUGCAUCUCCUAUGCAAGCUGCGCAAGCAAUCACAGAAGCCGUGAAACUUCGUGAUGCUGAAGGUUAUAGGUUCAAAUUGGAGUCAGUUGAUGACCGGAAAAUUGGAAGUGGAACACCACGCUAUAGAGAAGAGAUAACGAUCAGAAAACUCUCGUCACCUCACCGUCCUGAACCUGGUCUCUCACGACGAGUUAGGUCUAGCUCAGAAGCAUCGCGAGGAAGUAGAGGAAAAAGCCUAACUGAUGAUCCUCAGGCUAUGGCUGAUUUGCAGCACGAAUUUUUAGAUAAUCUACGAGGACGUGGUUUUGAUGUUGAAGAAAAAGUCAUCGAGCGUCCAGAAAGCAAUGCACGAGUUUCGAUCCGUGAGGCAGCGGAAAGUGGCCUGCUUGAUGUUAUCACAGGUGACAUUGUUCAUCCAACAAGUGGUCGGCGAUAUUCAAUUCCGCGAGCAUUGCAUAUGAAAAUGAUGACACCUGAUGCGGCCAAGCGAAUGAUGGAGACAUUGAAUAUUUCUGUUGAGGAUUUGGGACAGACACCAUUAAUUGAGUCUGUUAGCGCUAGUCCUUCAGAAUCCAGCAUUAAAGUUUACACGAAAACUGUCAGUUGGCGCGGUCACCCAUCUGAAUUGCGACAAACAACUGAUCCACUUGCGCCAUAUACAACCUAUACAUCAUCAACAUCAUCCACAGCAAUGCGUACUUCCGAUUUGUUCCCUCAGUAA